CCCUAGCCACCGCAGUUUUCGCUCCAAUCUCCCGAUCCACUGCUUACAUUUCUUUUUCUUUUUGCAUUGUUGUCAACGACGAAGUAGCCAUGGCAACGGAAAGCGAGACCUUUGCCUUCCAGGCUGAGAUCAAUCAGCUACUUAGCCUUAUAAUCAACACUUUCUAUUCUAACAAGGAGAUCUUUCUUCGUGAGCUUAUUAGCAACUCAUCUGAUGCGUUGGACAAGAUCAGAUUUGAGAGUCUCACGGACAAGAGCAAGCUGGAUGCCCAGCCGGAGCUAUUCAUUCAUAUCGUUCCUGAUAAGGCUACAAAUACGCUCUCGAUCAUUGAUAGCGGAAUUGGCAUGACCAAAUCUGAUCUUGUCAACAACCUUGGCACCAUCGCGCGUUCCGGCACAAAGGAGUUCAUGGAGGCGCUGGCUGCUGGAGCUGAUGUUAGCAUGAUUGGUCAGUUUGGUGUCGGGUUCUAUUCAGCUUACCUUGUUGCUGAGAGGGUCGUCGUUACAACCAAGCACAACGAUGAUGAGCAGUAUGUGUGGGAAUCGCAGGCUGGAGGUUCUUUCACUGUUACUAGGGAUACAUCCGGGGAGAAUCUUGGAAGGGGAACCAAGAUCACCCUUUUUCUCAAGGAUGACCAGCUUGAUUACCUUGAAGAGCGCCGAUUGAAGGAUCUAAUAAAAAAGCAUUCUGAAUUUAUAAGCUAUCCCAUUUCUCUCUGGACUGAAAAGACAACUGAGAAGGAGAUUUCUGAUGAUGAGGAUGAGGAAGAUAAGAAAGAUGAGGAAGGUAAGGUUGAGGAUAUUGAUGAAGAGAAGGAAGAGAAAGAGAAGAAAAAGAAGAAGAUCAAGGAGGUUUCCCAUGAGUGGCAACUGGUGAACAAGCAGAAACCUAUCUGGAUGAGGAAGCCUGAAGAAAUUACCAAGGAAGAGUAUGCAGCUUUCUAUAAGAGCCUCACCAAUGACUGGGAGGAGCAUCUUGCUGUUAAGCAUUUCUCUGUUGAGGGUCAGCUGGAGUUUAAAGCUGUUCUCUUUGUUCCUAAGAGAGCGCCCUUCGACCUCUUUGAUACCCGGAAGAAGCUCAACAACAUCAAACUGUAUGUCCGUCGGGUUUUUAUCAUGGACAACUGUGAGGAAUUGAUUCCAGAAUAUUUGAGCUUUGUUAAGGGUAUUGUUGACUCUGAGGACCUUCCUCUGAACAUCUCAAGAGAAACUCUGCAGCAAAACAAGAUCCUUAAGGUCAUCCGCAAGAAUCUGGUGAAGAAGUGCAUUGAUCUGUUCUUUGAAAUUGCUGAAAACAAGGAAGACUAUAACAAAUUUUAUGAGGCCUUCUCAAAGAACCUCAAGCUUGGCAUUCAUGAAGAUUCUCAGAACAGAACCAAGAUUGCAGAACUGUUGAGGUUCCACUCUACCAAAAGUGGAGAUGAGUUAACCAGCCUGAAGGACUACGUAACCAGGAUGAAGGAAGGGCAGAAUGAUAUCUACUAUAUCACCGGUGAGAGCAAGAAGGCUGUUGAAAACUCUCCAUUCCUCGAGAAGCUGAAGAAGAAGGGCUAUGAAGUCCUCUACAUGGUUGAUGCCAUUGAUGAGUAUGCUGUCGGCCAGUUGAAGGAAUUUGAGGGGAAGAAAUUGAUCUCUGCAACAAAAGAGGGAUUGAAACUUGAUGAAACAGAGGAUGAGAAGAAGAAGAAGGAAGACCUGAAGCAGAAGUUCGAGGGUCUGUGCAAGGUCAUUAAGGAUGUUCUAGGUGACAAGGUUGAGAAGGUCGUGGUCUCCGACCGUGUUGUUGAUUCUCCCUGCUGCCUGGUCACCGGUGAGUAUGGAUGGACUGCAAACAUGGAGAGGAUCAUGAAGGCGCAGGCUCUCAGAGACUCGAACAUGUCUGGCUACAUGUCGAGCAAGAAGACCAUGGAGAUUAACCCCGAGAAUCCUAUAAUGGAGGAACUCAGGAAAAGGGCAGAUGCAGACAAGAAUGACAAGUCUGUCAAGGACCUUGUGCUCUUGCUGUUUGAAACUGCACUUCUUACCUCUGGCUUCAGUCUUGAUGAUCCCAACACUUUCGGCAAUAGGAUUCACAGGAUGUUGAAGUUGGGUCUCAGCAUUGACGAGGAGGAAGCAGCUGGAGAUGCAGAUACUGACAUGCCAGCUCUUGAAGAGGAUGCUGAGGGAAGCAAGAUGGAGGAGGUUGAUUAAGGCGAAGGCAAUUGAGUUCUUUUUAUCCGUUACGGUUUUUGUCUUUUAGUUUCAGCAAGUUGAACUUUUAGACCUACUCUUUUUAUCAUUCAUCCUGGACACUUUAUUUUGUGUUUUUUGGUCUUCAUUGAGACGUGUUAUUUUGCAGUACUUAUAUAGCAUAUCUAGCAACUUAAUUUCUUACUGUUAUUAA